UCAACGCAACAUGGCUACGGCAGCCAUUCAGGUUUCAGUCCCAGCUCCGGUCGGACAACCAGAUAUCGGGUACGCUCCUGACCAUGACAAGUACCUCGCAAGAGUCAAAAGACGACGAGAAAACGAAAAGUUGGAGUCGUCUCUUCCGCCAGAUUUCCCUCAAAGACUAGACUCGGAUCUUGUGUGGGACGGCAACACCCUGGCCGAGACCUACGACUGGAACUACAGAUUGACAGAAGAGGACAUUGAUGAAAUCGAGUCCGCACUUCGCCAUUUCAAGAGCCUCAACAAACCCCUAGGAUACAUCAACCAAGAAACCUUCCCCCUCGCCCGCCUACACCACACCCUCCGCUCCCUCUCCCACGAGCUCCACCACGGCCACGGCUUCAAAGUCCUCCGCGGGCUCCCCGUCACCUCCCACACACGCGAGGAAAACAUCAUCAUCUACGCCGGCGUCUCCUCGUACGUCGCCCCCAUCCGCGGCCGCCAGGACAACCAGCACAACGGCCACCCAGCCGACGUAGUCCUAGCACACAUCAAAGACUUGUCUUCGACUGUUUCUGACGUGAGCAAAAUCGGUGCUCCCGCCUACACCACCGAGAAACAAGUCUUCCACACCGACGCAGGCGACAUCGUCGCCCUCUUUUGCUUGGGGGAGGCCGCCGAGGGCGGACAGAGUUAUCUGUCUAGCAGCUGGAAGGUGUACAACGAGCUGGCAGCCACUCGGCCCGAUCUGAUUCGCACGCUGGCGGAGCCGUGGGUGGCAGACGAGUUUGGCAAGGAAGGGAGGAAGUUUUCUGUUCGACCGCUUUUGCAUUAUUACCAGCCUGCUACUGCUGCUGCUGCUGCUGUUUCUGGGGAAGGAAAGCCAAAGCCCAAGCCCGAACGGCUCAUUAUCCAGUACGCCCGCCGCACGUUUACGGGAUACUGGGGAUUACCGAGGUCGGCGGAUAUCCCGCCCAUUACGGAGGCGCAGGCGGAGGCGUUGGAUGCGCUGCAUUUUACGGCGGAGAAGUAUGCGGUUACGCUGGAUUUUAGGCAGGGGGAUAUCCAGUUUGUGAAUAACUUGAGUGUGUUCCAUUCGAGGGCGGGGUUUAGAGAUGAGGGGGAGAAGCAGAGGCAUUUGGUUAGGUUGUGGUUGAGAGAUCCGGAGAAUGCGUGGGAGACGCCCGAGGCGUUGAGGGAGCGGUGGGAACGCGUGUAUGGCGGGGUGAGUCCGGAGAGGGAGGUGUUUCCGCUUGAGCCACAGAUUAGGAGCGCGAGUAAGGGGGAAAGCGUGGGGACGCAGGGUGGGGGAGGGUAUUGAUGAGGGAGGUUGAGGCGUCGAUUCUGAGUGUAGCUUGGUUGGACGACUUGGAUGUUUGAGUAGUCUG